AUUCCACUUUCUUUCACUUUCAAAAACAGUACUGAAAAAACCAAACAGUCGAACAAAAUUGUUGGCUGUCAUUUUACAUCAAAAUGGCAUCAUUAUCCGAUCUAUCCAAAUCCAAAAACCAAGUUUCCACAAUGCUCAAACAAGGCUUCAUCUCAGACUACUUCCUUUCCCCACCAUCAGACAACCCGACCCGACCCACAUCUUCACCCAGCCCGACCCUUUUCGAAAUGAUGUCAGAAGAACAAGCCCAUAAUAACACCACCACCAACCCACAUUCCCAACCCAUUGACCCGACCCGUACCCGAAUAGAAGAACGGGUCAACCGGGUCUUAUCCGAAGCCCCGUUUAGAAACCCGGGUGUGUGUGGUUUGGGUUUUGGUGAUGUGAAGCUCACGGUCACGGCACGUGAUGGGUAUAGUGUGGAAAUGGAUGUUCAUAAGGAAGUGUUGAUGGGUCGGAGCCGGUUUUUUAAGGAUAAGUUGGGUCGGAGAAGUGGGGCCCAUCAUUCGGUUGAGAUUUGUGAGUGUGAUGAUGUUGAGGUUUAUAUUGAGACUUUGGUUUUAAUGUAUUGUGAUGAUCCUAAAAAAAAGAUGGCUGGUGAAUCUGUUUCUAAGAUCUUGGGCUUGCUCAAGGUGUGUGAUGCAUUGAAGUUUGAUGAUGGGAUAACAUCAUGUUUAGAGUAUUUAGAAGCGAUUCCUUGGUCAGAAGAAGAUGAAGAGCGAGUAAUCUUGAACCUUAAUGAACUUCACCUUCAUAAUGAUCAUGAAGUUUUACAAAGAGUAGCUUCGGAGCCAUCGUCUUCUUCAAAAAUUGAUGACGUUUUUUUGAGCUUAUUCACUGGUGUUUUACAAGGGAAAGAUGAAAAAGCCCGUAAAGAAAUGAAAGCACUAGUGUCAAGAUUACUUAAAGAAGAGCAAUCGAGUUCAGAUUAUAGUUAUUCUCACAAUAAACUUGAAAUCUCCAAAGACACUCUGUAUACUAUAUGUCACAAAUGUCUCACUUCGCUUAUACUUUGCUUAUCUGAAGCAACAUCUUCUAAUGAAAACAGGGGGAUGAUGAGUGACAUAGCCCGAGAAGCUGAUAAUCUUGAAUGGGUUGUUGAUAUCUUGAUUGAAAAAAGGAUUUGUGAAGAAUUUGUGAAGCUAUGGUCUGAUCAAAAUGAGGUUGCUUUGCUUCAUGCAAAGGUUCCAAUAAUGUAUAGGCAUAAAAUCAGCAGGAUCACUGCACAACUGUGUAUUGCAAUCGGUAGAGGGAAUGUUUUGGUGCCAAAAGAGACUCGAUUGGCUCUGCUUUCGACAUGGUUGGAAGCUCUAUAUGAUGAUUUUGGUUGGAUCAAACGUGGGUCAAAAAUGAUUGACCGGAGGUUAAUUGAAGAGGGGCUUAGCCAGAUUAUUCUUACAUUACCAUUGUCUCAACAACAGGCUCUCUUGAUGAGUUGGUUUGAUCGGUUUCUUGAAAAAGGUGACGAUUGUCCAAAUAUACAGAGAGCUUUUGAGAUUUGGUGGAGGCGGGCUUUUGUCAGGCAGCCAGUGGCUGAACCCCAGUUGCAGAUAACCGUGUGUGAUUACCCUAGUUGAUUAUGGCUUACAAACUUUGUGUUAGUAUUCGAAGCUCUAGGGUAAAGCAAAUGAUUAGUUCAACCGUUCAAAAAAUAUAUAUAUACAUAUAUUCGAAGCGCUAGUAUGUACAUAUGAAGAGGUAUGGUCGCUAGCUUGAGAGGAAAAAUUCUUCUACAGAGCUAAAGGGUUCCUGGACAUUUGCCUUUUUCUUUUUUUUUUGCUUAUUUACAUGAUUUAUGUAACUUGUUAUUCCAUUUUCUUGAUUUUUGUAGGAUCCUUUUUGGAGAUAAUAAGUAGCAAGUAGAUGGUGUACCUUUAAGUAUUAGUUUAGUAAGAAAGUUUACUUAUGUUUAUAAGAACUAAAUAUAUAUAACCUAUAUGUAUGCUUAUCAGUUACAAAUAAGUCAUGUUCUUUUGUGC